AUGGCUCUUUCAGGGUCGAAGGAGUUCGUCGAUAUGCUGCUAGCUCGGGAAUUUACAAGUGCUGAUGAUCAGGUACUUAUUAUGAAUGGUUGUGAUGUUAGUGGACAUAGUUUUAAAGAGAAUGGUUUCGCAAAACCCGUUUUGGUACGAUCAAAAGACGGUCUAAGAAUUAAGGUCCCGCUAGACUCAUUCUCUCAUACAGAUUUAACCAGGUUUAUAGAUCCUAGUAUUCAGGUUGAUGUCAUCGAUGUUCGUCAGCAAGUCGAGAUACAAAUGACGCUCCAAGAACUGGUUGACCACUUUUCCUCACCUCGUCGACAGGUAUUGUUAAACAUGCUGAGUCUGGAGUUUUCAAGAACCAGCCUGGCAAAGUUUGUACAUCCUCCGCAUGUCGUUUCGGAACUUAGUCUUGUCACAACCUGUUGGCCGGAAGAUGACCCUAACGACCUUAAAGAUGUCGAAUUUAUCGGCGAGACUGCACCAACUGUCCAGAAAUACUGUCUUUUAAGUAUGAAAGGCAGUUAUACUGACUUCCAUAUAGAUUUCGGUGGAUCAUCUGUCUGGUACCAUGUUAUGUGGGGUGAAAAAGUGUUUUACUUGAUGCCGCCUACACCCGAAUUCGUUUCUGCUUAUUGGCGAUGGUGUAUGAGCAGCGAUCAUAGGGCGACAUUCUUCCCAGACUUUGUUGCUAGUCUUCGGGAGAAAGAAUCGACUAGUAACGUAAAUAGACCCACAGUUUACUGCCUUCACAUUUUACCCGGCCAAACAAUCUUCUUGCCAUCUGGUUGGAUCCACGCUGUUUACACGCCUUCUGACUGUCUAGUUUUUGGAGGAAAUUUUCUGAGUGGAUUGCAUGUAUCUAUGCAGCUCAGAAUUUAUCGCAUGGAACAAAAAUGCAAAACUCCAAUGAAAUUUCUGUUCCCUAAUUUUGAGAAGGUUCACUGGUUUUAUAGCCAAUGUCUCCUGGACAGACUAACUAACAACUUAAUUGAUGGCGAAAAUCCCGUUAUUUUCGACGUAGAGGCGGCUGAAUGCUUGGCUAAAGUUCUUCCUUUGUGGUAUUCUAAAAGACAUAUGCUCCCACCAGAAGAAAGAGAUUACUUUCUUCCGAAUCAAAGUCAGUUAGACAUGUUAUGUCCAAGUCUCAUUGAAAGACUGUCUGAGGUCGUAAAUUCAAUAUUAUCACAUUCAACGAAAAACUCAGGUUUUUUAGCAGAUUAUUCUAAAUCAGAGAUAUUUUCAAAGCAUUCCAAAUCUAAUGGACGAGCAAUUGAAAGCUGCUCAAAUGCUAAAAGUAUAGAAUGUUUGAACCGUGAGUUAGGUAAGGAAACUAAAUGGGAACUUAAAGAUAGACAUAUUGGAGGUCUAGGCUGGAUGCCAAAUAGACAAACUUAUUCCAAAAAUUUACGUGAACCAAAGAGCUUGAUAAAAGGAAAUGAGAACGAAAAACAUGUGAUUACUGAUGAUGUAGAUAUCCUUGAAGCACUACCGGGUUUGGAAAAAAGUCGAUUAAUCGGAGACCAUUAUUAUUUGACAUUAAGUGACUCGGAAGGUGAUGAUGGCGACAACGUUAGGAUGAAAUCAAAAGCCGAAUGUUCGCUAACAAAAAAACAGAAGAGGAUAUCUACUCUAUACCAAGCAAGUAGGAAGAAAAAAACUAAGAAUAAUGAUGAUGAUCCAACUUGGAGUAUGCCUAGUCCUACGCGUCGCAGGUUUGGUACAACUGAAUGGAAGUCAAAGAGUUCACGACUUGUUGUUUCUAAUUUAAAAAGAGAUAAAAAGUCAUUGCACCCUCUACUCAGUGAAGUGAAUCCAUCAUCAUCAGGCUCGAGUGCUUUAAAACCCAGAGAUUCUUCAACAUUGCGUCCGCAUAUGACAGUAAAAACACAAAAACCACGAACUAAACGCAAUACAACAGUUAGACAACGUCUUGCUAAACGUUUAGGUAUUUAA